AGUUACCGCGGCAUGCGUAGCCGAAUAUAAACGUGUGUCGUCGAUUCGUAUACGAAAUUAAUAGUAAUUAAUUAUAACAACAAAAUAUUAGUUUAUCAAUGAAAAUGUGAGUGGUUUGUGAAGAACUUACUCGUAGAUGUAUAUGGUCGUUCAACGGAUAUAUUUAUUGUUAAGAUCUUCCAUGACCAUGGAGUGACGAAUCAUGACGAUACUUUUGUACGACUACUACGACUUGGAGGAGAGGUCCUCCAGUCAGCUAAGUGUGUGGAAAGCAUGGCACAUAAUACUGUACGUAUGUGCCGCCAUCUUCGGCAUCACCAACUAUGUAUUCCUACAGAAUACGAUGCAACUGGUGGACAACAACUGCGUACUGUUCCCGCGCAAACUGGAAUUCCACACCGUAGAACUAAGAGCUCAAAAUUUCAGUGAAAUACAUGACUUUAAGAAUGUGACUGACGAUGCUCAAGGUAACUCGACCGUCCUUCCCUCUGACAGUGAAAAAGUGAAGCGAGAAACAGCUGAUAAUGAAACGACUACAACUGAAAUACCAACAGCAGAUGGCGAUACUUUCCUCACCGAAAACAAAACGCAUCGCCUAGCGUUAGACACAACUAGGACUUUGUUCGAGUCCGAUGGAGACUGUCAGUUUGCCGAGUACAUGCCCCUGAUGUCUAUGAUAUUUGCCGCAGUGUGGAUCACCAUGUUCACAAUGUGUCCUCGAGGAGGACGAGCCAGGACAGGGCUUCAGCAACCAUGGAGAAUCCUGACUCCAGCGCUUCUGUUCGCGCUGGUGAUGGUAGGAGUGACUGGCCACAGUUUUGCCUUAACAAACAAAGGUAUGCACGCCUUUUGUGCAGCCUUUUACGAGGUCACCAAUUCUACUACUUGCUCAUCAGUGGAUCCAUUCUUGGAACUGGGGUGGAACUCUACAUGGGGUUUUGGCGCGCGGGUGGCAGCUACCCGAGCAACUUGCGCAGGAGUGCUGGCCAGCUGGGCGUGUGCAGCCGCUCUACUGCUGGCGCGCUGCCUCACUGCGCCAGACUUCGUGCUGCGACGCACUGAUGUCUACCUCGCUAAAGACCCACAGCAGAAAGUCAUCCCUCACUUGUUGAAGACUCAGAAAUACCAUCAACGGUCUAACCAAAGCUCGCCGAGCAAACGUGACAACGCAUCUGUUCGAUCCGAACCUACAGUGACCACGGAACUGGUAACAGCUUCCGUAGAGCAGGGCCAGGACACCGCCCCUACCUCACUCACUGCCACACCAGUCAGGUCUCCACGUACCACCGAAGAAAUCGAGAUGACAUAUACGGCACAAGAACGCGCAAAUAAUCAGAAAUAA